UAUUUGAAGAGAUGAGCUGUGGAUUGGUUAUGAGGCAGCUGUCUUCUCCCAUUGCCGCUGCCUUUCCUUUUCCUUUUCCUUUCCCUUGCUCUCUCUAAAACUGCCUCCAUAAAGCUAUAUUCCCUGUACAAAUUCCCAAUCACUACCACUACUGCACAUAAAGCUUGGCAAUUUCUCAAUCCCAAGCUCCGCCAUGGCAGACAGGGUCUACCCUUCCGCCAAGCCCGCCACCAACGGCACCGCCGCGCCAGGUGGCGGCAACCCCUCUUUCCCGGCCACCAAGGCCCAGAUGUACAACACCGCCCGCCCCCUGUACCGCCCCCAGCCCCCACGCCGCAGCCGGCGGAGCUGCUGCUGCUCCUGCUGCCUCUGGACCACCCUCCUCAUCCUCAUCCUCCUCGUCCUCGCCACCGUCGCGGGCGCAGUCAUCUGGGUCCUGUACCGCCCCCACCGCCCUUCCUUCUCCGUCGCCGCCCUCCAAAUCUCCCAAUUCAACCUCACUUCCUCUCAGCUCAACGCCAAAUUCAAUAUCUCCAUCACCGCCCGUAACCCCAACAAGAAGCUCCAGUUCUUCUACGACCCCAUCUCCGUCUCCAUCUCCGCCGACGGCGUCAACGUCGGCUCCGGCUCUUUCCCGGCCUUCGCGCACGGCACCAAGAACACGACCACUCUGCGAACGGCAAUUGUGUCCAAAGGUCAAAGCUUGGACGACUCAUCAGCCACUUUACUGAAGUCGGAUCUCAAGAACAAAAACGGGUUGCCCAUCAAGAUCCAGCUCGACACCAAGGUCAAAGUGAAGAUGGGCGGGGUGAAGACGAAGAAAGUCCCCGUCAGAGUGAAAUGCAGCGGCGUUACAGCUUCCGUGCCCACCGGAAAGGCGGCUGCCGCGGCCUCCACGGCGGACGCCAAGUGCAAGGUUGACCUCCGAAUCAAGAUCUGGAAAUGGACUCUCUGAAAGAUUAAAGCUGUUAUCUCGUACGUAAUUCCUCUUCUCGAUUACUUGAAAUUUCCACGUUCCUUUUGUUUUCUCUUAUUGGGAUUGAAUUAACGUUGAUGGGUUUGUAAAUGGAGGAAGCUUGAUUCUCUUCUGUAUGGUUGUAAUAGGAUAUAGGAAGUCAUCAUAUGAUAUAAUUCUUUCGAUGAACUGUAAUAGGAUUUAUAUAUAUGUAUAUUUGUUUGGAAA